CUCCAGGAAGAGCUUCGCAAUCCUCCACACAACCUCCCGAGCUCUUCUUCCUACCACCACACCGCAGCUCCUCCGAUCCUCCUCUUCUCAGUAGUCGAAAUGGCGAGCAACACGGCCAUCUGCGAGAGCGACCCGCUCAACUGGGGCAAGGCGGCCGCGGAAAUGGCGGGGAGCCACCUCGACGAGGUGAAGCGCAUGGUGGCGCAGUUCCGCGAGCCCCUCGUCAAGAUCGAGGGCUCCAGCCUCCGCGUCGGCCAGGUGGCCGCCGUGGCCGCGGCCAAGGACGCGUCCGGCGUGGCCGUCGAGCUCGACGAGGAGGCGCGCCCCCGCGUCAAGGCCAGCAGCGAGUGGAUCCUCGACUGCAUCGCCCACGGCGGCGACAUCUACGGUGUCACCACCGGCUUCGGCGGCACGUCGCACCGCCGCACCAAGGACGGGCCGGCCCUCCAGGUCGAGCUGCUCAGGCAUCUCAACGCCGGAAUCUUCGGCAAAGGUUCCGACGGCCACACGCUCCCGUCUGAGGUGUCACGUGCGGCCAUGCUCGUCCGCAUCAACACCCUGCUCCAGGGCUACUCCGGCAUCCGCUUCGAGAUCCUCGAGGCCAUCACCAAGCUCAUCAACACCGGCGUCAGCCCGUGCCUGCCGCUCCGGGGCACCAUCACCGCAUCCGGCGACCUCGUCCCGCUGUCCUACAUUGCCGGCCUCAUCACCGGCCGCCCCAACGCGCAGGCCGUCACCGUCGACGGCAGGAAGGUGGACGCCGCCGAGGCGUUCAAGGUCGCCGGCAUCGAGGGCGGCUUCUUCAAGCUCAACCCCAAGGAGGGUCUCGCCAUCGUCAAUGGCACGUCUGUCGGCUCGGCGCUCGCCGCCAUGGUGUGCUUCGACGCCAACGUCCUCGCCGUCCUGUCCGAGGUGCUGUCCGCCGUCUUCUGCGAGGUCAUGAACGGCAAGCCCGAGUACACCGACCACCUCACCCACAAGCUCAAGCACCACCCGGGCUCCAUCGAGGCCGCGGCCAUCAUGGAGCACAUCCUGGACGGCAGCUCCUUCAUGAAGCACGCCAAGGAGGUCAACGCCAUGGACCCGCUCCUGAAGCCCAAGCAGGACCGGUACGCGCUCCGCACGUCGCCGCAGUGGCUCGGCCCCCAGAUCGAGGUCAUCCGCGCCGCCACCAAGUCCAUCGAGCGCGAGGUCAACUCGGUCAACGACAACCCCGUCAUCGACGUCCACCGCGGCAAGGCGCUCCACGGCGGCAACUUCCAGGGCACCCCCAUCGGUGUGUCCAUGGACAACGCCCGCCUCGCCAUCGCCAACAUCGGCAAGCUCAUGUUCGCCCAGUUCUCCGAGCUGGUCAACGAGUUCUACAACAACGGGCUGACCUCCAACCUGGCCGGCAGCCGCAACCCCAGCUUGGACUACGGGUUCAAGGGCACUGAGAUCGCCAUGGCGUCCUACUGCUCCGAGCUCCAGUACCUGGCCAACCCGAUCACCAACCACGUGCAGAGCGCGGAGCAGCACAACCAGGACGUCAACUCCCUCGGCCUCGUCUCCGCCAGGAAGACCGCCGAGGCGGUGGACAUCCUCAAGCUCAUGUCGUCCACAUACAUGGUCGCUCUGUGCCAGGCCGUGGACCUGCGCCACCUCGAGGAGAACCUGAAGAGCGCCGUGAAGAACUGCGUGACGACGGUGGGCCGGAAGGUGCUGACCACCAGCCCCGACGGCGACCUCCACAACGCCCGCUUCAGCGAGAAGUCCCUGCUCACGGCCAUCGACCGCGAGGCGGUGUACGGCUACUACGACGACCCCUGCAGCGCCAACUCGUCGCUGAUGAAGAAGAUCCGCGCCGUGCUGGUGGACCACGCCCUCGCCAACGGCGAGGCCGAGAAGGACGCCAGCGCGUCCGUGUUCUCCAAGAUCAACAAGUUCGAGGAGGAGCUCCGCGAGGCGCUGCCCAGGGAGAUGGAGGCCGCCCGCGUGGCCUUCGAGACCGGCACGGCGCCGAUCGCCAACAGGAUCAAGGAGAGCCGGUCGUACCCGCUGUACCGCUUCAUCCGCCAGGACCUCGGCGCCGUCUACCUGACCGGCGAGAAGCUCAAGUCCCCCGGCGAGGAGUGCAACAAGGUGUUCCUGGCCCUCAGCGAGGGCAAGCUCAUCGACCCCAUGCUCGAGUGCCUCAAGGAGUGGGACGGCAAGCCCCUGCCCAUCUGCUAAGCGGAGCACCGGCGCCGCCAGGAGGAGGAGGAGGAGAUCACAUCACACCGUACGCGAGGAAUAAAGAAGGGAGGAUUUCAGUAUUCUGAAGGCUUCUCAUUAUUGUUUGCGACUUUGCAGAUUAUUAUGUUGCUUGUCUGUUCGUCCUUUUUGAGCUUGUUACUGUGAUCCCUGUAAUCGUGUAUUCUGCCUCUUGUUUCUCACCCUCGAUCGCUGCAAUGCCGUUGGCCAUGGCCCGGCACUCAGCUUUCUGAUCUGUACUCUAUUUUGGAAGUAAAAUGUACUAGUGUAUUUGAGUACAUGUGCUCCUCUAUCUC